GACUGUUGCCCUGCCAUCUUCUCUCAGGUUGAUCUCAAACGAUGCUUGAGAAGAGCCGACUGGCAGUCGACUUCCUCCAAGCAGGCAUUGUCCAUGUUGCGGAGGUAUGCGGGCUCCUUGCCGACGGGAUCAUCUCCCCCAGAGUGGCAACUUCUUUGUCGAGGAAUCCGGGCUUUGGCUUCAGAGGAGCCUGGCAUGGCUGCAGAGCUCUGUGCAGAACGCGUGUGCAAGCUGGCGGAUUCGGAAGAGCGUUGCCGAGAUCUCAUCUCCUCCCUUCUGGAUUCUAUGAGCCUGGAAAGGUUGGCUGAGGCAGCCACAGCUUUGGAGGUCUUUUUGAAGAGGAGUCGUGCAUCAGCGUGCAGGCUUCCAGGUUCCAACGAGCCCGUCUUCCACCACAUCACCUUCGAUCAUCUGUUAAGUACGCCCAGACUGCACUCUCUCCUGGAGGCCAUCCUGAACACGAAUGCCGCCGAUGUCAAGGCCAUACUACAGCGACGCUCUGCAAGCAGCCGGACGGCGUCGGAGCUGCUGUGGAGGUACUUUCAGCGGCAAGGCCAUGAGAGGCCUGCAUGGGCGCAGCUACAGCGUUUGGUCGAGGCACCUGAACAGUUCUACAACUUGAAAGACCGCAUCAGAUACCUCCACCUCGCGCAGGAGCAGCGCAAGAGCGUGAGCUCUGCGUCUUUGCAAGAAGAGCUUUCGCUGAGAUUGGGGGCGGCCGAAAAGCUCCAGCAACCCUUGCUGCAGGAGCUGCUGGCCAUGGCCGGGAACGAGAAGCAAGAUGCAAGGUGGCGCGACGCAGCCCGCAGGCGCUGUUCAGAACUACAGCACCUGAGGAGUGCGCGUGAGCUUUACGAGGUGGCCGGUGAGUUCGGGUUCUGGCAUUUGCAACUGGGCAUCGCCGGCUUUUCAGGCGUGAAAAUGGCGCAUGAUGUGGCGACGACACUGUGGGCUGGCUUCUUGUUUCCUGCUGAUGGCCCCUACAAUUCGCACAGCGACGAGGUAGCUUCACCCAAGCUGCUGUUCCCUUUGCUGAUGCGGCGGCCGCACACGUGUUUCUUCGCCUCCAAGCAGGACGAGGUGGACUGGCAGCUGAAGCCGUCGCUUCUUCGCGAUCGAGUGCUAGCAUUUCUGCAGGAGCUCAAGGAGGUAGCUCCAACCAGCCAUCAGCUCUGGCAUGUGCGAGGGAUUGCAACACUUCUGGAGUUCAGCAGCUGCUUGUGGCUAAAUGCUUUGCAGAAGGUCGGGCACACAACCGAGUUCCAGGAGAAAGGAGGUGAUGGAGCUGCUGGCUCGUCGCUCAUCGACGAGAAUCGGCUCUGGGUGGCAUUGGAGGUCUUGAUGCAAAAGCCGUUUUCAUUCUCCCUUCCCGACUUGAUCACCUUCUAUGCGGAAAUGAUUGCGCAGCUUGAUGCCUGGCACACGGACCUGCAGGAGACAUCAGCAUGUUCGCAUGCUAGAAGAUGGGCGUGGCCCACUGAGGAGGAUGUCCAUCUACAUCUUUCCCAUGUUGCGAUCGUGCUCCUCGCCAGCUGGCUCCGUGAGGCCGAAAGGACCUGCGAGAGCAUUUCAGAGUCCUGUGCGGAGGCUGAAAGUGAGUUUGUUAGAGUUUGGCGACGUUCAGCAGACGGCCUGCUUUCAGGACUCUGCCUUCGUCUUAACCAUGCUCGCCACCACUCUGCUCAACGAUUGCUCGGGGAGGCUCUGCGCUUGGAGAAGGGCUGCCGCUUGCUGUUGGAUCGUGUGGUGCCCUGCCUAACUUCAAGGAUGCUGGGGAAUCUUUUGCACGCUGGUCGACCGUCGAAGGGAUUGGCAAGUUCAGCUGCAUGCUGUUCGGCAUUUUUGCCGUGA